AUGAAUUUCAUCGAUAAAAACAAAAAACCGGCGAAUACGGGCGGGAUCGAUGAGACCGUCAAGUUAGCCGCGGGGAAACUGGACGGGUUAGCAGGCAUGCACGAAUAUGGGGAUCGACAAAAGGAUUACACCUGGGAUUGCGUGAUUUUUGGCGAUGGUUCAUAUUACGAAGGCUUAGUUGAUAUUUACGGUCAGUGCGAACACUUAGGCGUGAUGAGCUUCGAGGACGGGGAUAGAUACGAAGGCGGUUUCAACCAAGGCGCAAUGUCUGGACCGGGUAUAUAUCACGGCGACAGCUUCAUUUUUUUGGGCGAAUUUGAAGGAAAUCAAAAGUCUGGGUGCGGUGUAGCGGCGUAUAUGAACGGUGCAGUUGAAUACGGCGAGUGGAAAUACGAUCAGUAUUUAGGUCAAUACACGCGCAAGUGUCCUCUCGACAAAUCGAUCGCGUCGAUGGAAACCGCCAUCGACAGCGCGGCGAGAGCGAAAAUGUUUGAAAGGAAACCAAAUUCAGAAGUAUACUUGAGAAUAGUUGAACAUUAUCCAGAUUAUUUGAUGCAUCACGAUCCGAUCGUGUAUAAAAAAGGCACGGAGUGGACGAUGCCUGGUCCAGCUGCUGAGUUGUACACGCCGCCGACAGUGGAAGAAAUGGGACCGGAAAUUGCCGGUGCGGUGAGCACGAUGAACCGUCUCUGGGAACGAAUUUGGUCGUAUUACAACGUCAAGUGCUCCGAAGAGCGAAGAACUGUAGCUCCGGAGAUUCGAAAAAAGAAGGAAGCUAUGGCUUUAUCCGAAAUGCGAACCGAGGAAGACAUGGAGGAUGAAUACGCGGACGUGUACAACGAGGACGGCUCGAGAAGAGGUAAAAUGAAAAAACCGAAGCAACAAAAGAAAAAUCAAAAAGCAGGUAGAAAAGGUGGUAAGACGGCGUCGUUGACGGUGUCAAUGAUGAGUGCGUUGCAGCAAAACGCGUUUAGAGGUUUGAGAAGGCAAUUACGACGCCCGAUAGCUUUUGCUCAACGAGUCACGACGGAGGCGCAAGCCGCGGUGAAUCGAGCGAUGCCAGCGCUCGAGCGACGAUAA